UUGGUAGUGCGUGUGUGUGUGUGUGUUUUCUUUUCUCAUCACACAGAAAAGGCUGGCGAAACAAAACACAAAACCAUCUGUGGUGGUCGUUUUUUAUUCGUGGCCAUUCUGCAGCUUCCACCCAUUCGACUAGUGUCCUUCGACUACGGUCCUGUGUUGUCUAAUAUAUAAAUCCAAAGGACUGCGGAUUGCUUGCAUCGAUCUGCAAACGUACCACUUGAGUAAGGCAACACAACCGGAAAGAGAGCAACGACCGCCGCGCGGUGAAGGAAACGACAACCUUCCAAUCUCACACCCGGAAGAAAGAAUGGUGUGCGUGCCGUGCUUCAUUGUGCCCGUGCUGCUCUACCUGUGGCACAAGUUCGUGCAGCCGAUCCUGCUCAAGUACUGGAACCCCUGGGAGAAGAAGGAUGCGGACGGCAACAUGAUCAAGACGGAGCCGAAAAAUCCGUUCGACUGUGCCGGGGGGGUGUGCCGGUGGGCAGGCAAGAAGACAGCUGUGCCGCCCGGUCACGACCCGGUGGGCCCGACGGUUGCCGCCGAUACCGCAACCUCCGACGCUGUCGACGAUGCUGCCAGCAGCAAGAAGACGCUAUAGAUAGACUCGAUGGUCGAUUUACUUGCUCGACUUAAACAUCCCCAAACCCCCCGUUCCUGGACUAGCAAACGCAUCGGUGGCUGCACCGCAUCUGUGCGCAUAUGUAUUUUCAUGUGCUCACCGCAUGAGUCAUCUACCGCGUGCCUACCUAUGCUGAGCAUUAGCGGGUGUUUGAAGUGAGAAGACGAUGUAGGGGGGCGACCGGAAACCACAUACAGCAACAUUUGAAAGCAAUCAAACCGACUAUUAGUAACUCAGUUGGAUGAAGUUAUGAGUCAUGACCGAUUAAAUAUCGAUUCAUGCCUAGCGGGCAGCACAGCAAAAACUGCCACUUUCCCGAACCGUGUGAUAACCGAUGGAGCCGUUGGUUGCAGUUGCCAUUAGCAAAUAGCGGUGAAUCAAGCUUUUGUUCAAGUUUCAUUUCGAUUAAAAGGAGCGUUUAAAUUUUAAAUACAUUCGUACAGCCACCGCAAACCA